GUGUGUUCACAUUGUAUACAUCAUUAUGCAGGCGGCCAUCCAGCCGGUGAGAACGGGAAAAUGAAAUCGCCGGUGAAACUUUCCCUCUGGUGGGUGGCGAUAUGGGCUACAGCUGCGAUGCCAGGCGUGCAGAAUGAAGGCAAUCGUAACGCAACUGUGUAUUGGGAUGCAGUACAGAAGCUGAUGUUUGUGAAGGAGGGAGUGAUGGACAAAAACGGAGCUGCCUAUGGCUAUUUUAAUGACACCUUGAUACACUCUGGCUGGGGUGUGCUGGAGGUACAAGCUGGCUACGGGCCCAAGCUGCCUAAUGUCGAGAACGUCAUGUUUGCUGCUGGCUACUUGGAGGGCUACCUCACAGCACAAAAGAUGUCCAUUCACUACAGCAACAUGUACCCCCAGCUGAUAACGGACCCCAGCAUUAUUGGCCCAGUGACUGACUUCAUGAGUAAACAGGACACUUGGGCACGGGAGCAGGUCAAGGAGAAAAAGGCCACAGACCCCCUCUGGCGCCACGUGGGCUAUGUCUUGGCUCAGCUGGAUGGAAUGCAGGCUGGAGCUGCAGAGUGGGCAAAGCGUAACAGGACAAAGGCCCUGUCUUUGUUUCAAGUUCAGUUCCUCAACUCUAUGGGGGAUCUCCUUGAUCUGAUACCCAUGCUGACUGGCACAGGUCAGACAGUGCUGCGCUCUGACAGCUGGACAAAGAACAGACAAGCCAUGGGCCACUGCUCUGCUCUCAUCAAGGUGCUUCCUGGGUUUGAAAAUGUCCUAAUUGCACAUUCCAGUUGGUUUGUCUAUGCAGCCACCAAUCGGAUCUACAAGCACUGGGAUUUCAAACUGAAUGAUUCGAGCACAACAUCGGGAAAAAUGUCUUUCAGUAGUUACCCAGGAUUUCUGGAGUCUCUGGAUGAUUUUUACCUGCUGGGCAGCGGACUGGUGAUGACUCAGACAACAAACAACAUAUUCAAUCGUGACCUGUAUAAACUGGUGACACCCCAGUCGCUACUGGCCUGGCAACGAGUCCGGGUAGCCAACAUGAUGGCUCGGGGAGGAGAGGACUGGGGGAGAAUCUUUACAAAAUUCAACUCUGGAACAUAUAAUAACCAGUACAUGAUACUGGAUCUGAACAAAAUUGAGCUAAAAAGAUGGAUUGAACCCGGUGCACUCUAUGUGGUGGAACAAAUCCCGGGCGUGGUGGAGUUUUCUGACCAGACUGACAUCUUGCGAAAGGGUUAUUGGCCUUCCUAUAAUGUGCCAUUCCACAAGAAGAUAUACAAUGAGAGUGGCUACCCUGUCAUGUGGGAGCAGUACGGGGAUGAUUUCUCCUACGACUUAUGUCCUCGUGCUAAAAUCUUCCGCCGAGAUCAAAACAGAGUGAAUGACAUUGUUUCAUUGAAACGCAUCAUGAGAUAUAACAAUUACACCAAAGAUCCAUACUCGGAGGGUAAUCCAUGCAAAACGAUUUGCUGCCGAGAAGAUCUUCAAUCAGAGCAGCCCAGCCCUGGAGGAUGCUACGACACAAAGGUAACUGAUUACCACGCAGCCAAAAUGUUCUUAGCAGAGGCCAUCAAUGGACCCACAGUUCAAGGCAACCUGCCAGUAUUCAGCUGGAUGACCUUCAAUAGCACGUUACAUGUUGGCCUGCCACCCACCUAUAAAUUCAAAUUUGAAACAAUGAAGCCAACUUUAUUCAAGCCUUAAGGCAUGGAAGCUUCACUUAUGGAACCCACAAGGAAGAAAAAAGAUAUUCAAACACCGUACAAAAAUCAUCCCAUCCUUGAACUACAGUCAUGUGAAAAAGGUAAGUAUACCCCAUGGAAAUCGUUGACUUUUCAAUAUAUUUGAACAGGCAAACAUCUGAUCUUUGCGCAGAUAAAGGUGAUAUACUUGAAUAAAAACACAAAGAAAGCUGACCUUUUCAAAUCAAUUCAAUAACAAUAUAAAAUGUAAGUCCACCCUUGGCUUCAGAAGCUGAUAUUGCCCCCUUUAGCAGAAAUAACUUGUUGUAGGCAUUUGCACAGCUGUCCACCACUCUUUAACAUCAACUGGAUGAAAGUUUUGACCCCAUGCAAAAUUCCUUCAGUUGUAAGAUGUUUGUGGGUUUCCUUAUGUGUACUGCCCAUCUGAAAUCCCUCCAACAACUUCCAAUGGGGUCAAAACCAGCGCUUUGUUUUGGUCAGUCCAUAAUCCUACUGACCAAUCCUCCUUCAUUUCAAGUCACUCCUUGGUAGACUUGCUAGUGUGCAUGAUUUAUCGUUUUUAAAGAUCCAUUUCUGAUUCCACUUCAGCUUUUGAAAAGAUGGUCUCAUAUUCCUUUGAAGUACACUUCUGAUGUGACGCAGAAUUCACAGUUAACUUGAUGACACAAAGCUUCUCAGGUCCUGAAAUAACUAUGCGUCCCCAAACCAAAAUAUAUCCACCACCAUGCUUCAUUGCAGGUAUGAGGUUCCAUUCCAGAAAUGCUGUGUUUGGUUUGUGCCAAGCAUUUCUACUGUGACUGUGCCUAACCAACUCUAACUUUGAUUCUUCUGUCAUUUUUCCAGAAUUCCUGGAUGUUCAAUGGCAAACUGUAGUCUGACAUUCUUGUUGGACACCAACGGCGUUUUCCUGGCACACCUCGCUCGCAGGUCAAAUCUGUGCAGUCUCUUCCUGAUUGAAGAUGCAUGCACUUUGACACCAAUGUUUUGCAGGAGUUAUACCUGCAGAUCCUGCAAGGGGGGUUCUUGGAGACUUCUUUUACUAUACAUCCAUUAUCCAACCCGCUACAUCCUAACUACAGGGUCACGGGGGUCUGCUGGAGCCAAUCCCAGCUAACACAGGGCGCAAGGCAGGAAACAAACCCCGGGCAGGGUGCCAGCCCACCGCAGGGUAUUCUUUUAGUAUUCAACAGUCAACUCUUGGGCUGAAUUUGCUGGGUCGGAAAGCGGGGCUGUCUUAAUGCAUGGGCUUUCUGGGAAGUUUCCUGGGGGGCCUAGGGUGACCAGAUGUCCUCCAAAAGGAGGACAUGUCAUCUUUUUUAACAUGGUUUCCUCCAUCAUCCAGGCAUUCCAAAAAUUCAUCAAAAUGUCCUCCUUUCACAGAAUCAUGAACAGAGUUGACUGUUUUUGACUAAUUACAUAUGAUAUGUACUGAGAAUGAGCAGCCUUCGGCCAUUCUCCAUUCAUCGGCGUCACCUCGUGACAUUACGUUACAUUAUUACGUUAUCAAUAAUUGUAACAUCAAGAAGCGGCAACACUGUUUUAUAUUCUAUUUCCGCCCAACGGCACAACGGACAUCGGUUAGCGGUUGAUUGGAGUUGGAAAAUAUAUUUAGUAAUUUUGGUCCUCCUUUAUAGCUGAGCGCAUCUGGUCACCCUAGGGGGGCCCUAUGGUAAACCUUAUAUAUGUUGUAACUUGCUGAGUGGUUGUGUAGGUAGGGGCUCCAGUGCACUGCUUUGCCUGGUGGCCCAGAAAGUCCCAGAAAAAUCAGUAAUAGUUUGAAAUCCACACCGCUUGUAGAUGGUUUUCCUCACAGUGGAAUAAUUUGGUGGUCUUUCUUAAUCCCUUGCCAGACUCGUAGGCAUCCACAACCAUAUUUCUGUUGGCAUGAUGACACCACACACAUCAAUAGCAAAGAGAACACCAGACCCUCGAUAUCUGUGUGUCCACCUGCAUACUCCCUAAGGAGGUUCUAAUCAUUGGCACCGCAUCUAGAAUACCAAAUUCUAAGUUUUUGGAUAUCAAGUCGUGAUAAAUGAAGGGAAAUCAGCAUGUUUGUUAAAUUUCGAUUAAGAAUGAAUACGCCAGGUUAAUUUGAUGUGUUUCUUGUUGAAGUCCGAGGGACAUUCAAAACGUUUCUGCACUUUUUUUAAACUCUAAUUAUUAAGAAUUUCAAAAACAAAUUACGAGCACUUUUCUACAUAGUCGCCUUCAUUUGCGAUGCAGUUUUCCCAGUGUCACACCAACGUUUUAAUGCCCAAUUUCUACUCCUCCCGACUUCACCUUUUCCAACGAAAUUAUAAAAGUGCGGAAACUUUUUGAACCUUCCUAUCUCACCUUUAUCUGUAGCUACUCUCUGGAUGGAGUUCUAAUGUUUGCCUGUUCAAAUAUGUUGAAAAAGUCAAACUUCCAUGGUAUACACUUACUUUUUUUUUUUUUAAACACAACUGUAUGCAAUUUCUACAAAAUGCGAUUGUUUAAAAUAGGCGACGCUUUGCUCUCUGCGUAGCCGGCAGUGCAGAGAAAGUAAUGAGUGAUACGGAGCUCGGACAGAAGCCUACAGCUUUUUAAUUUCUCUGUUUAGUAUGGAUAAUUUUGCUGGAGAGCUUUUCUAUUUUUAUACAAUUUCUCUUACGGGGCCAGUAGUUAAUGGAGAUUUUGGAGACUGAAAGGCUAGUAUAAAUGUAGACGUCUGUUCUUUUUUCUGAUGAGGCACAAAAUUGUAAAAUUUUGAACAGUGAGAUGAAAAUCUUCUACAAGAUCUAUGAGUAGAAUUUUUUUCUUAAAAAAAAAGAGAAUCAAGUGUUUCCCAUUGAAUGUACAGUAAUGCGACACUGUUUAUACAGUAGUACUUUAUAUAAAGGUUUUCUAUAUCUCUGUAAUGAAUCUGCCAAUCAGCAAGCUCCAUGUACGGGUCAUUUUUGUAAAUGGACUUGCUGUAUUUGGAGAAAGCCGUGAAAGGGAAUGAGAAUGGAUCACGUUUUUCACAUGUUGUCAUGUUGUGGUCUUGUACUAAAAUUAUUUUACGUUUUCCCUCUUCAAGCAACACUCAAAACCCCAGAAUGACAAAGCGAAAACAGGAUUUUAGGAUUUUUGCAAAUGGGAAAUAUCCCAUUGACGUAAAUAUUCAGAGCCUUUUCUAGGACACUUAACAUCUGGCUCAGGAGCAUUCCAUUCUAUUGAUUACGGUUCAGAUGUUUCUAUAGCUUGCUUGAAAUCCACCUUUGGUCAAUUCAAGUGAUUGGACAGGAUUAACGCUCUGGUUCAGGCACAUCCCAUUUUUUUGGUCAUGGUUGAGAUGUUUCUACAGCUGGUUUGGAGUCCACCUGUGGACAAUUCAAUUUGUUGGACAGGAUUAAGACACACGCAAAAGCAAAGCCAUCAGUUUGAAGGAACUGUCAGCAGAUCUUAGAAACAGGAUUUUGUCAAGGCACAGAUCUGGGAAAAUCUACAAAGCAUUUCUACACCAUGGAGCAUAAUGGUCUCCAUAAUCCUUACAUGGAACAGCCAUGACUCUUCCUAGAGCUGAUGGUCAAACUGAACAAUCAUAAGAGAAGGUAAGAGAGAUGACAAGAUCUCCAUGGUCACUCUGGCUGAGCUCCAGGGAACCUGUGUACAGAUGGGAGAAAUGUGCAUAAGGAUAACCAUCACAGCAACACUCCACCAGUCUGGAUUUUAAGGCACAUUGGCCAAAUGGAAAACUCUCUUAGGUAAAACACACCUGGAAGCUUGCUGGGAGUUCUCAAAAAGGCAUUUAAAGCACUCUCAGACUGCGACAAGCAAGAUUCUCUGGUUUGAUGAAACCAAGAUUAGCAUCAAGUUUUGAGGCGACAUGGUACCUCUCUUCACGUGUGCAAUACCAUUCUAACAGUGAGGCAUGGUGGCAGCAACAUCAUGCUGUUGGAUUGCUUUUCAGUGGCAGGUACUGGGAGACUAGUUACGGUUGAGGGAAUGCUGAAUGGAACAAAGAACCAAAAUAUCCUUAAUGAAAACCUGAUCCAGAGUGGCACGGGCCUUAGACUGGGCAGAAGGUUAAUCUUCCAACAGGACAAUGACCUCAAUGGGCACAAAGCAAAGACACAGGGAACAACUCUAGGAAAGUCCUUAAGUUGCCAAGACUUGAACCCAAUCAAACGUCUCUGGAAAAACAGCUGUCCAUCGACCGUCUACAUCCAACCUGAUAGAGCUUGAGAGGAUAAUACAGAGAAGAAGAAUAUCUCCAAAUCCAGAAGUGCAAAGCUUGUCACGUCACACCCAAGACUUCAGGCUAUAAUGGUUGCCAAAGGUGCUUCGUCUAGGUACUGAGUAAAGGGUCUGAAUACUGUAUGUCAUGGGGAUAUUUCAGUUUUAUCUCUAUUAUAAUAAAAUAAUCUUG